UUCUUUUCUUUUCUUUUCUUUUCGUUCACUCAUGUCUGAUAAUCAAUUACCGCCACUUUCUGAUAUUGUUGUAUUUGAAAUGGCAGGUUUAGCACCUGCACCAUUUGCAGGACUUGUCUUAUCUGAUUUUGGAGCGAAUGUCAUUCGUAUUGAUCGACCGAGAAUCAUGAAUACUGAUGUUUUAAAUAGAAAUAAACGAUCCAUAGCUUUAGAUUUAAAGAACCCUUUAGCUAUUCAUACUUUAUUAUACCUAUUAAAACAAGCAGAUGUUCUUUUAGAUCCUUUUCGCCCUGGUGUAAUGGAAAAAUUAGGAUUAGGUCCUCAAGUUCUUUUAACUUUAAAUCCUCGAUUAAUUUAUGCUCGUCUAAGUGGAUAUGGUCAAUCAGGACCUAUGUCUCAAAUAGCAGGCCAUGAUAUCAAUUAUUUAGCUAUCUCUGGUGCACUCAGUUUACUAGGCCGUCAAGGUGAAAAACCUUUUUUUCCAGUCAAUAUUUUAGCUGAUUUUGCUGGUGGCGGUCUAAUGUGCGUCAUGGGGAUUUUGAUGGCAUUAAUCGAACGUUCAAAGUCUGGUAAAGGUCAAGUUAUAGAUGCAAAUCUUACGUUAGGAACUUCAUAUUUAACGACAUUUCCAUAUUUAAUGCAAAAACACGGUUUAAUGUGGGAAGGAGAACGUGGCACAAAUCUAUUGGAUGGUGGUGCUCACUUUUAUGAAGUUUAUAAAACAAAAGAUAAUCAACACAUGGCAGUUGGUGCAAUUGAACCUCAGUUUUAUGCUUGUUUACUGGAAAAGUUAAAUUUAAAGACCGAUGAACUACCAAAUCAAAUGGAUAGAAUCUCCUGGCCUGAAAUGAAAAUUAAAUUUCAACAUAUCUUUUCUACAAAAACACAACAAGAAUGGAUUUCAAUCUUUGAAGGCUCAGAUGCAUGUGUAACGCCUGUUUUAUCGUUCAAUCAUAAAGAAAAGGAAAAGAUAGCAGUAACAGCUACAAUACCUCAGCCUGCUCCUAUUUUGUCAAGAACACCUGCUAAAAGAUUAUUAACUACAACAACAACAACAACAACAAACGAAUUUCCUUUCCUUGAAAGUGGUAAACAUUCUAUCGAUAUCUUGACUGAAUUUGGUAUAAAUUCAAAUCAAAUUACUAAGCUUUUAGCAUCGAAUGCUGUGGUAGAUAAUAAUUCAAAAUUAUAAAAUCUGCCCCCCCACAUAGUACAACAUUAAUCUGAGUUUUAGAAUAAAAAAAAAAUUAGGACGUUGAAUGAAGUAAUGUGAGUCAUAUAUCAUAUUAAGAGUUUUGCUACUCAGUAAAUUAGCAUUUUUGCUUGUUAAGGGUUAAAAAUAAGCUCGACAUUUUUCUUUUCUUU